AAGAGCCGGCAGCCCAUCGCGUUGCGCCUUUAUACGCGCCCUGAGAGCGGGACGGCGACUCCGGGGGCAGCCAUCGGACGCCAUCGGUGCGCCAGGGCAGCCCACCGAUGCGCCGCCCACCAGCAAUACGAUGGCUGCUCUACACAGCGCUACUCUCCGGACACGAGGCACACGAGGGCGCCCACUGCUCGGGCCACGGCGUGACGAGCAAGGAGAACAACUUCGAGUGCACGUGCUUCAGCGGGUGGAAGGGCCCGAAUUGUGGGGUCAAGGCGUGUCCGCGCGGUAGAGCGUGGGCCGACUACGCGUCUGAUACGGAUGAAGCCCACGCCUACGACGUGGAAUGUAGUGGGGUAGGCUACUGCAACGAGGACGGGCAGUGUGAAUGUCGGGAAGGGGUCUUCGAGGGGCCCGCGUGUGAGAAACUCGCUUGCCCUACGUCGCUGGACGGCACGAUCUGCUCAGGACACGGGCAGUGCGUCACCUCCGGAUGGGCCGCAUCCCAUUGGGACGGCCGGAAUUUACUGAGGCCCCACGUCGAGUAUCCCCAUUGGGAUGCGGAAAAAAUUAGUGGGUGUCUAUGUGAUCGCGGGUUUUCUGGAUUCAACUGCUCGAGGGUGGACUGUCCUCGGGGCGAUGUGCCCGAGACGCGGGGCCAGAAGAACGAAAUUGUGAGGUUGGAAUGUGGGGCAUCAAAAGGUACCUUCACGCUCACGUACAAAGGUAGUAUAACGGAGCCGAUACCGUAUGAUGCACCUUACGGUCUCGUAAAAGCUAGAUUGCAAGCUUUACCCGAUAUCGGCGAGGUCGACGUGCGCUUCCUACGAGGCCAGGAAAGUGUGUGUUCCGCACAGAAAACAGAAACGGAAAUUGAGUUUCUUACCGAUUUCGGCUCUUUACCGGCCCUGAAAGUCCAGUCCUUAUCUUUGGAAGGAUCUGUGUUCUUAAUUACAAGGCAGCGGUUGCGGUGCCCCCGCGGUUCGUGUCAUCAAGCGAGGGGAAGGGGCCCGUCGAAUUGUACGGGCGGCUUCUACCUGGGCUAUGACGGCCAGUUCACGUCGAAAAUCGCCUGGAACGCGACGAAAGAAUAUGUGGAGAAAGCUCUGAGUGCAUUAUCGACGUUCAACGAGGAUUCGGACUACGGUCCCUUGCACGUGAAUGUUACGGGCAGUAAUACAGUAUGCAACUACGACGAGAAGUACUACAUGAACUCUACCGAGGAGUAUGAUUAUUUAAAUGCCCAGAACGUGACGAUCGAUAUAAGAGGGAAGUACGGCAACGUCUACAACUUGACAUUACUUAACAGUUUAUGGAGGGUCGAUUCCUAUACAAAUCCGGGAUAUGCGUACAAGGAGAAGGUGAACUUGACGCUGGAAGCCUCGAAAGGCACGAAGGAGAACGCCUACUGCAGCGAGCGCGGCUGGUGCGACUUCGCGACCGGGACGUGCAUGUGCAACAAGCUCGACACUGGUAGUCUACAGUACGACUAUAAGUCGUCGAACGGGUACGGUGAACCUGGUAAUAGAGGUGAUUGUGGGUAUCCGGCCAUCGAAGCUAGAGGCUGCCCGGCCGGCCGCAUCGGCGACAAGUGGGUCCAGUGCGGCGGGAAGGACCGGGGCCACUGCGACAACGCGACCCUCAUAUGUCAGUGCAACGCGGAUCAUUAUGGGGCGGACUGCAUGUUGCAGACGUGUCCGUACGGGCCGUCGUGGUGGGGCGAAGCGCGGGGCUCGGGCGAGGGCCACGACCUGGCGGAGUGCUCGAACAUGGGCGAAUGUGAAAGAAACUCUGGAUUAUGUGAUUGUAGAGAAGGCUUCGGCGGCAAGGCCUGCGAGAAGUUACUCUGUCCCGUAGAUGGGGACGCGCAGUACUGCUCCGGCCACGGCUUGUGCCUGCCGAUGUGGCGCGCGGCCGAAGAAACGACUUUGUCUGGAGAGCCGCGGGGGCUGACCUACGGUGCCGCGACCCAACAAUCGCCGGCGACCUGGGACUCGCGGAGGAUUUAUACGUGCCACUGCGACUCGCGGGACGGCUUCCAACCGGCGGAUGGUCCUGUAAUGUGGGUCAGUGGCGUACAUACCGCAAAUGAUGACUUCGUCGGCGGCUGGACGGGCUACGACUGUUCGCUCCGGAGGUGCCCCUUCGGCGACGACCCCCGUACUGAUGAUGAUGUGAGCGAAAUCCAGACCGUGCGGUGCUCGCUUCCCGGGAAAGAUACCUUCACCGUGUCCUUUCGCGGGGAUACCUCUCGACCCAUCUCGGCGAACGCUACUGAUGCGCAAAUAAAAUGGGCUCUGGAAAAUAUGACAACUUUACAGGAAGUCCACGUCUCCAUAAACCCCGGCGAACGGGCGUGCCAGACGCGCUGGGACGGCAACGACUGGCGCCACGGUAGUUCAGGCUUCAACGUUACAUUUAUUAGUCAAGUGGGCGAUGUUCCCUUGCUGACGACGUCGCCGCCGUCGAACGUCACGGAGACCGUCAAGGGCACGAAGGAAAAUCUCGAGUGCGGGCGCCAGGGCUACUGCGACCACGAGUCGGGCUUAUGUCGGUGCCUCAAGGGCUUCGUGGGCAGCGACGGCGACGGGAACCCCGGGCGGCGGCGGGACUGCGGCCGGAUUGAUCCCCAGGGGUUCACGCUGAAUUUGUGGGACGAGUAACAUUUCCUGCUUAUCA